ACUUCGCCACCGGCCACUCCAGUCCCCGCUCCCACUCGGCCACUUCCCCAUCCCCGAUGGCCGGCGGCCGCGCAUUCCGGCCGUCCGCCCCGCGCCGCGCGGCGUUCGCGGCUCUGCUCACGCUCCUCCUCCUCGCGGGACUCUCUUUCCUCCUCUCUUCCACGCCCACCUCGUCGGCCCGUUCCUCGUCCCCGCCGUCCGCGCGCCUCGCCGCCGUCCGCCGCCACGCGGCCGACCACGCGGCCGUCCUUGCCGCGUACGCCGCGCACGCACGGAAGCUCAAGGAGGACUCCGCAGCGCAGUCGCUCUCGUUCUCGUCCCUCUCCUCCGACCUCUCCGCGCUCUCCGCCCGCCUUGCCUCCCACCUCUCCUCCUCACUCCCCGAGGACGCGCUCAGGCCCCUCGAAAAGGAGGCCCGCGAGCGCAUCAAGUUCGCGCGCGGCCUCGCCGCUGACGCCAAGGAGGGCUUCGACACUCAGUCCAAGAUCCACAAGCUCUCCGACACCGUCUUCGCCGUCGGCGAGCAGCUCUCUCGCGCGCGCCGCGCGGGGCGCAUGUCCUCCCGCAUCGCUGCGGACUCCACCCCCAAGUCGCUCCACUGCCUCGCCAUGCGCCUCCUCGAGGCCCGCCUCGCCAACCCCACCGCAUUCGCAGACGAUCCCGACCCGUCCCCCGAGUUCGAUGACCCCGCGUUGUACCAUUACGCCAUCUUUUCCGACAACGUGCUCGCCAUCUCCGUCGUGGUGGCCUCGGCUGCACGCGCCGCGGCCGACCCCUCGCGCCACGUCUUCCAUGUGGUCACCGCGCCCAUGUACCUGCCUGCAUUCCGGGUCUGGUUCGCGCGGCGCCCGCCGCCGCUUGGCGUGCACGUCCAGCUCCUUGCUCACUCCGACUUUCCGUUCCUCAAUGCCACCAACUCGCCCGUGGUCAGGCAGAUCGACGCCGGCAACAGGGACGUCGAGUUGCUGGAUUACCUGAGGUUCUACCUCCCAGAUAUGUUCCCGUCGCUGCGGAGGGUAGUGCUUUUGGAGGACGAUGUGGUGGUACAGAAGGAUUUGGCAGCGCUUUGGCAGGUCGACUUGGACGGGAAGGUGAAUGGCGCCGUGGAGACGUGCUUCGGGGGGUUUCGGAGGUACAGGAAGUAUCUCAACUUUACGCAGCCCAUUGUGCGGGAUCGAUUCAAGCCCAAUGCCUGUGCAUGGGCAUAUGGCGUAAAUGUGUUCGACCUUGAGACAUGGCGGCGGGAUGGUUGCACAGAAUUGUUCCAUCAGUAUAUGGAAAUGAAUGAGGAUGGCGAGCUGUGGGAUCCUACAUCCAUUCUAACAGCUGGGCUGAUGUCCUUUUACGGCAAUACCAAGCCACUGGAUAAGUCAUGGCAUGUAAUGGGUCUUGGCUAUAAUCCAAGCAUCAGCCCUGAGGCAAUCCGUAGUGCUGCAGUGGUACACUUUGAUGGGAACAUGAAGCCCUGGCUUGAUGUCGCUAUGAACCAAUACAAGGCCCUGUGGACAAAGUAUGUGGACACCGAAAUGGAGUUCCUAACACGCUGUAACUUUGGCCUUUGAAUAGAUUCUAGAGAGCCUCUAAGAAAACCACUGGCUGGUGCUACUUUUUCUUACGGGACAAGAGAGCCUCAACGCUCUGCGCAAGUGGACUUAUCUGUAGCAGAGUUGUUACUCUGUAGUGAACAUCUUUGUGCUUGGGCAACAAUGCUCUUGUAGAUCUGGUAGCUUGUUUGUGAUAGUAUUUGAUCUGUCAGCUAAAUUUGCUGGAUUAUUGUGCACAGAGAAUGAGUCAUUGGGAGGAAACUGUAGAUGAACAUUCUUGUAUUGUUGAAUAACAAGUGUAUCUCCAAUUGUAUGUAUAAGGAAAAGAAAAGGUUGCUGGGAUCAGGUUGGAAUUC